UAAAGGGGGAAAAAUACUGAGAGAGAGAGAGAGAGAGAGAGAGAGAGAGAGAGAGAGAGAGAGAGAGAGAGAGAGAGAGAGGGUCUAUUCCCUGAUUUCAAACAUAGUGUUGGUGUACUGAAGAUCCCAGCAGCUCUGACACUUAGUGAGGGGCUCGCUGUCUCUGGGCCAGCUGUGUGCAUUGAGAAAACCACAAAGCAGCCAGCAUGUCGAAGACUGAUCCACGUGACAUUGAUGAGGAUGCCAUCCUCCGGGGCCUCAGUGCCGAGGAGCUGGAACAGUUGGAGUGUGACCUACAGGAGAUGGACCCAGAGAAUGCCAUGCUUCCAGCCGGUAUGCGUCAGCGUGACCAGACAAAGAAAAGUCCCACAGGCCCUUUUGAUCGCUUCGCCCUAAUGGAUUACUUGGAGAAGCAAGCCAUUGAACACCAGGACAGAGAUGACCUGGUACCUUUUACAGGCGAGAAGAGAGGCAAAGCAUUUAUCCCUAAACCAGGGUCAGGACAGAUCCCCUUAGAAGAGCAAAUCACUCUGGAGCCCGAGCUGGAGGAGGCCCUUAAGAAUGCAACAGAUGCUGAAAUGUGUGACAUUGCAGCCAUCUUGGGAAUGUACACACUCAUGAGCAACAAGCAGUACUACGAUGCUCUGAACACCACUGGCAAGAUUGCCAACACAGAAGGCAUCAACAGUGUGGUGAAACCAGAUGAGUACAAGAUCUAUCCCGAUGAACCUCCAAAUGACACAGAUGUAGAGGAAACUAUUCGCAGCAUUAAGAACAAUGACAGCGGGCUGACGGAGGUCAACCUUAACAACAUCCCGGACAUUCCUAUCCCAACCCUAAAAGAGAUGUUUGAAGGCAUGAAGAGUAACACACACGUUUUAAAUCUCAGCAUUGCUGGGACACGCAGUAAUGAUCCUGUGGCUUUUGCUAUAGCUGAGAUGUUACAAGUUAACACCACUCUAGAGAGCCUUAACAUCGAGUCCAACUUCAUCACAGGACAAGGCAUGAUGGCUGUCAUCAAAGCACUGGGUAAUAACUCUACCCUAAAUGAGAUUAAGAUCGAUAACCAGAGACAAAAGCUGGGAGACUCGGUUGAGAUGGAGAUCGCGGCCAUGUUGGAAAACAACCCCAGCAUCAUGAAGAUUGGCUAUCACUUUACUCAGCAGGGCCCACGUGCUAGAGCUGCUAUGGCCAUCACGAGAAACAAUGACCUCCUUCGUCAGCAGAGAGUAAGUUGAAAGGAGGACUUCUCUGAGGCAUCACAGCUCCCCCUGCGGCCUGCGCAACUCCACAACACAGUGACAGCCAGGACAGAUAUGCUCUUACAAUUCAACAUCGACCAUUGUGGAUAUCAUUAUAGUCAACUUGAUAAACCUUCAAUGCUUUUUGUGGAUUUCAUCAAACCUAUUGCUCUGAUCUAAUAAAAUUGACCUGCUCCUGUUUGGAAAACUUGUAAAGACACUAAAAAGCCAGUCAGUCAUUCAUUCAUGCAUUUCUUAUAAUAUGGUGCUCCCAAUAACAUUUUUGUAAAUAUUUUAAAUAAAAUGUUACAUUCUA